AUGGACACGACAUCGUGGUUAACGGUCUUCAUCCUUCUGGCAUCUACCAUUGCAUAUCUCCUCUACGAUCUGCUCUUCCCUCGCCUAUCGGAAGUCCUACUCAACUACAAGCUACCACCAAUUGAUCGCUUCUCUCUCCCACCCUUAUCGUCCAACCGAAAACCCACCGUUCCAUUCUCAAUCAAGCAGAAUGCCAGACAUAGGGAGACUCUGGUACGCAUCUUGAGACAGAGAGGAAUGCUCAACAAGCGAUUGCGACCAUGGGGUAGCGAUGUCCGAUUUCUCUUCGACGAGGCCAGGAUCGGCGUGAACAGUUUACCACAACACGGACUGGGUGAAGCAAACUUACGCAGCGACAUUCUGAACCGGGCCAUAUUUAAUCCUUGUUUCAGUCUCGUUCGAAUGAGACCGGCAUCCGAUCCGAUGCGUACGAGAAUGUGGUACGAAAUUGCCCGGGGGAGCUCUGGACGCCCAGAUACCAAAAUAUCAUAUGAAGGGGUUGACGGAGUGGCGGUCGAAGUCAAGUGCGAUACUGGCACGCUAUGUCUCAUCACUCGCAUCUACAACGCCAUAGGACGGCUAGGCAUUGACCUGAGGAAUUGUACACAUCUUGAUGGCAGUCAGAAACACGCAGAUAUCCUCAAACAGGCGAGUCAAGGAUACACCAAAGCAACGAUACUGACUCUCACACAGACAGUCAUAAACAUGAUCACAAGCAAAUCAUCUGUUGGCGUCCUGACGACCUAUCGAGCCACUCUCAUCCUCAUCAAGACUGGAGAUGAUCACAUCGAGGUCCUCCCUCCCGUCUAUGCUGACAAUGAAAGGCGUCAUGUCCGUACAGAUGAUGCGGACCGAUUGGUGGACACGACUUUUGGAUGUUUUUAUGCCUUGACGCUGGGACUUCGGUCGGACUUCGUCAACGACAAUGGCCCAGAUGACGAUGAUGAUUCGGACGAUAAUCAUCAGCCCCGUCGGAGACAUGCCUUGUCGCGAGAGCCUCGGAUACCACCUCCCGUUCAGAGGGAAAGGGAAAGAUCUCCCUCAGGCUCGGAGGAUGGUAGGGAUGAAGACGAUCAAUCAAGUGAAGAAGAUGGCCCUGCACUCGAUUUAGAUUCUGUGUCACGUACUGCAGGACCCCGCGAUGGCUUUUCAGAUCAGCCUGGCGGAACUCAUACCAGGCAUCGGAUCGCAUCUCGCCCUGCUCCAGUUCAAGUUGUCACACGAGCUAUAGCUGGCGACCUACCUUCUCCUGUGCCUCGACUGGACAUCAGCAAGCUCAACCUUCACCAGUCACUUUCGGUACACCUCCCUCUGGAGCUCAUCCUCCGUAACAUUCCGAGUGAAUCCUUUUCCCUCUAUCGACUGGACAAGUGCUUCGACUGGAGUCUCGCCCCAGAGCUCACACCUCCUUCAACUCCUUCUCUUAGGCCUCGCAAGCUUGCUCACGUUCCUUCGCCUGAAAGUGACAAUGGUCUCCCGAUCACAGAACCCACGACGCAAGCCGCAGACUCUGACUUGGCUGCUCGAGAUCGGUCAUUGCUGUGUACUUCUUUUGCCGGACAUGGUGCAAUGUGGGACGCGUUUCGAGCUAUUCUCGAUCAGUCGCAAAGCGCAGUAAUCAAGCUCUGUACCCCGAAACUGUCUCCGGAUGAUGAAGUGGAAGACAUCCGCCGACAGAUCAUGAUUGAUGCUCAGUGCUUGACCGCUCUGAGCAACGGCUCGGGUCCACAGAUUGCGCCGGCCUUCUGUGGUUUAUUCGGCAACAUUGUUGCUGAUGUCGAAAUAUGGUGUUGUCUUUCAGAAGACGGCGGCGAUAGCGUGUUGACGAGAUGGAAGGGGUCCUCGCUGAACGAACGGAAGAGAAUAAAGCAAAACAUUCUCAGCCGGUACGAUGCUUUGCACAACCACUUCAAAAUAGUACAUGGUGAUCCCCAUCCCCGCAACUGGCUCCUCGAUACGACUGGCGAGGUCCGAUUGGUGGACUUUGGUCGAGCUUGUUUGCAUGCGCAGACCAUCAAAGCGCACGGUGGUCAGGUGUCUACCUCUCAUGCUGAUCUGAAUUGGGACGAAAUGGUCAGAAGCGAAUGCGAAGAGGUCGUUGACAUCCUUCGUCAACUGUCAUGA